GCCCGGCGCCGGCCCCGGUGCCGCGGGGAUCCCGGGAUGGGCGCGGCCGUGCGGAUCCUGUUCGGGAUGGCCGGGAUGAUCCUGGCGGGCGUGGCCACGCUGGGAACGCUGGUGUUCCGGAGGGUCGAUUCCAUCUCCCAGGAGAUCAGCUCUGCCCAGGCCUUCUACGAGCAGAGGAUCCGCUCCCUGCAGGAGGAGCUCCAGGGACUGGGCGGGAGAAGCUCCGGGAACGGCUCCGUGUCCUGGGAUGCGGCGGCGCUGGGCCGGGAGCUCUCGGAGCUGCAGCGGGAGCUCUCGGAGCUGCAGGAGACGCUCCAGGAGCAGGAAUUCCUCCUGGAGCGAACCUCCCGGAGCCAGGCCCGCCUGGCCAGCGCCGGCUCCGACCUCUCGGCGGGGCUGGAAAACUGCUCCGGAUCCCUCGGGAGCGUCGGCCGGAGCCUGGCGCGGCUGCGGGAGCGGGCCGGGGGCUGCGGCGGCGUCACCGCCCGCCUGCAGAAUUCCCUGCGGGACCUGGCCCGGCGGCGCUCCCAGGCCGGAGAGGCGGCCGAGCUGCUGAAUUCCAGCCUGGCGCGGAAUUCCCGGCUGCUCCGCCAGCUCCGGGUCGACGCGGCCGAGGCGGCGGCGGCGCUGCGGGCGGCGGCGGCCGAGGGGCAGAACCUGACGGGGAUGCUCGGGGCGCUCGGCGAGGCCUCGUCCCGGAGCGCGGAUGGGCUGCGGGAGCUGCGGGCGGGGCUGGGCCCGGCCGUGCGGGAAACAUCCCGGAAUUCCGAGGGGAUGCAGGAUCUGGCGCUGCGGCUGCUGGCGAUGCAGCUGCGGCUGGACGAAGCCGCGGCGCGGCUGGACGAGCAGCGGGACGGCGCGCAGGAGCUGCGGCGGCGGCGAAGCCGCGGGCGGCAGAGCGGCGAGGAGCGGAUCCGGGAGCUGCGUUCCCGGCUGGAAUCGCUGCGGGAUGAGCUCGGGAGCAUCGAGGCCAACGUGGGCGGCACGGGCGGGCAUGUGCGAGCCAUGCUGCGCUUCCUGCGGGCCGCCCGCGACUCCUGCGGCCGGGAGCUGAGCGGGCACGGCCGGGAGCUGCGGGAGCUCGGGCGGGAGCUGGCAGCGAUCCGGGCUGGCACGGAGGAGCUCCGGGAGCGCUCCGGGAUGUUGGGAGCGAGGCUGGAGCUGGGCGUGAGGAACCUGGCCCUGGCCCUGCAGGAGAUGAGGGCGGUGGACGCGCGGCACGGGGAGAUGCUCCGGAACGUCACCGAGCUCCGAGGCGUUCCGGGGCUGCCGGGGCCGCGCGGCCCCAAGGGCGACACCGGAUCCGGGGGCGCGCCGGGAGCUCCGGGCCCCAAGGGCGACCGGGGGGAUUUGGGAUGGCCGGGAGCGCCGGGAGCACCGGGAGCGCCGCCGGCAGCACCGGGACCGCGCGGGGAGCGGGGCCCGCCCGGAGCCCGCGGCUCCCCCGGGCCCAAGGGCGCCAAGGGCGGGCUGGGAGUGCCGGGAGCCCGCGGGGCCCCGGGGCAGCCGGGCGGGAGAGGAGCCCCGGGAGCCGAGGGGGGACCGGGAGCGGCGGGACCGCCCGGAGACCGCGGGGAGCCCGGGACGGCCGGGAGCGAGGGGACAACGGGGACACCGGGAGAGCCCGGGGACAGGGGACCGCCGGGACCGCCCGGGGACAGGGGACCGCCGGGACCGCCCGGGCCACUGGGACCGCCCGGACCCUGACCGGGACAGCCACAGGGGACACCGGGAGAGCCCGGGGAGAGGGGACCCCAGGGGACACCCGGACCGCCGGGACCGCCCGGGCCACCGGGACAGCCACAGGGGACAUCGGGACAGCCACAGGGGACAGCGGGAGAGCCCGGGGACAGGGGACCGCCGGGGAUACCGGGGCGGCCGGACCGCCCGGGCCACCGACAGGGGACAGGGGGACCCUGACAAGGACAGGGGGACAGCGGGACCCUGACCGGAACAGUGACAGGGGGACAGCGGGAGAGCCCGGGGAGAGGGGACCCCAGGGGACACCGGAGCGGCCGGACCGCCCGGGCCACCGACAGGGGACAGGGGGACAGCGGGACCCUGACGGGGACAGCCACAGGGGACAGCGGGGACACCGGGAGAGCCCGGGGAGAGGGGAGGGACCGCCGGGACCACGACUGGGGACAGGAGGACAGAGGGGACAUGGGGACACAGCGGGAGGACAAGGACAGCAGUGCCACCUCCGGGACCGUGAUGGGGACUGCGACACGGGGACAGGGGGACAGAGGGACAGCGACAGGGCAGCAGGUGCCACCUCCGGCACAGGGGGACACAGACAGCGGGAGGACAGGGACACAGGGACAGCAGUGCCACCUCCGGGACCGUGAUGGGGACUGCGACAAACGGACGGGGACAGGGACACGGAGAGAGGACAGAGGGACAGCGACAGGGACAGGACAGGGGGAAAGGGACACGAGAGGACAGAGGGACAGCGACAGGGACAGGACAGGGGGAAAGGGACACAGAGAGAGGACAGAGGGACAGCGACAGGGACAGGGACAGGGGGACAGGGACGCGGAGAGGGGACAGAGGGACAGCGACAGGG